AUGAGGCUGAUUUUGUUUUUCAGCGCCCUUGCUGGGGCUGCCUGGUGCCUAGAAACAUUUGUUGGCGACCAGGUUCUUCGGGUGAAGGCAAACAGUGAAGAAGAGAUUAACAAACUACAGCUGUUAGAAACACUGGAGCAUCUUCAGCUUGAUUUUUGGCUACGCCCCUCAAACCCAGCACUUCCUGUGGAUAUUCGAGUCCCCUUUCCCAGUCUCCAAGCAGUCAAAGUCUUCCUGGAGUCCCACCACAUCGAGUACUCUGUCCUGCUUGAAGACCUGCAGGUCAUAGUAGAGGAAGAAAAGCAAGAGAUGGUCAACAAUCAACGAAGGGAACGUGGCACCAGUAAUUUCAACUAUGGAGCUUAUCACCCCUUAGAAUCUAUUUAUGCAGCAUUGGAUGAUCUUGCAGCUGAGUACCCCAGCCUUGUGAGCAAACAGAAGAUUGGAGAGUCUUAUGAAAAGCGGCCCAUGUACAUUCUCAAGUUCAGCACUGGAGGAACCAACCGUCCUGCCAUUUGGCUCGAUGCCGGUAUCCACUCCCGAGAAUGGGUCACCCAGGCAACUGCACUGUGGACAGCUAAAAAGAUUGCGUCUGAGUAUGGGAACAAUCCAUCUGUCACCUCCCUGUUAAACAGAAUGGACAUUUUCCUGCUGGUUGUCACAAACCCUGAUGGAUAUGCAUUCACUCAUACCAAUAAUCGUAUGUGGCGGAAGACACGUUCUAAGAAUUCUGGGAGCCUGUGCAUUGGAGUUGAUCCAAAUAGGAACUGGGAUGCAGGCUUUGGAGGCCCUGGAGCCAGUACCAACCCCUGCUCUGAGUCUUACCGUGGACCCAGCGCCAACUCGGAAGUGGAAGUAAAAAAUGUUGUAAACUUUAUCAAGAGCCAUGGGAACAUCAAGGCCUUCCUCACCCUUCACAGCUACUCUCAGCUUCUGUUGUUCCCCUUUGGGUAUAAGUGCACCAACCCUGCUGACUACAAAGAGCUGGACGCCGUGGGGAAAGCAGCUGCCAGUGCUCUAGCUUCACUGUAUGGCACGACAUAUAAAGUUGGGACCAUUUGCUCAACUAUCUACCAAGCCAGUGGAGGCAGCAUUGACUGGUCCUAUGAUUAUGGCAUCAAAUACUCCUUCGCCUUUGAGUUGCGAGACACAGGUCGCUACGGCUUCCUUCUGCCAGCCACUCAAAUCAUCCCUACUGCAGAAGAGACCUGGCUAGGUCUGCUGAAGAUCAUGGAGCAUGUGCGAGACAAUCAGUAA